AUGGCUACAAAACCUCAAGCCACUCCUCUCCUUCUCUCCCUCUUAUCCCUAACUCUCUUCCAUACCUGUCUCGGUGCUGGUGGUGGCGGUGACGGUGGCAUCGCCAUCUACUGGGGUCAGAACGGCAACGAGGGAAAUCUCUCCGAAACCUGCGCCACCGGAAGAUUUUCAUACGUCAACGUUGCCUUCCUCUACAAAUUCGGCAGUGGCCAAACCCCAGAAAUCAACCUCGCCGGCCACUGCAACCCCGCCGGCAAGGGUUGCACCUCCGUGAGCGACGGAAUACGCGACUGUCAGAAGAGCGGAAUCAAGGUGAUGCUCUCCAUUGGCGGUGGCGUUGGUAGUUACUCUCUUGCUUCCAAAUCUGAUGCAAGAAACAUCUCACAAUAUCUAUGGACAAAUUUCUUGGGUGGAAGCUCAUCUUCUCGGCCUCUUGGCGAUGCUGUGUUGGAUGGUAUUGAUUUUGAUAUAGAGCUUGGAUCAAACAAGUUCUGGGAUGAUCUUGUUCGAUAUUUAAAGUCUUACAGUUACAGUAUGGUUGGAAGAGGAAGAAGUAGAAAGGUGUACUUAACAGCAGCACCACAGUGUCCAUUUCCUGAUAGGUCCAUGGGCGCUGCCCUUAACACAGGCCUUUUCGACUAUGUUUGGGUACAGUUCUACAAUAAUCCUCCAUGCCAAUAUGUUUCUGGCAAAACCGAUAACCUGAAGAAUUCAUGGGUUACUUGGACUACAUCAAUAAAUGCUACAAGGAUUUUCUUAGGACUUCCGGCAUCGCCGCAGGCUGCCGGAAGUGGGUUUAUUCCGGCCGAUGUAUUGACUUCUCAGAUCCUUCCGGAGAUAAAAAAGUCACCCAAGUAUGGCGGUGUGAUGCUUUGGUCAAAAUAUUGGGAUGAUCAAAGUGGAUAUAGUUCAUCCAUUAAGAGCAGUGUCUGA